AUGGACGCCGGCGGCGCGCGUCCAUCGGCACCGUCGGCCGCCGCUGCCGCAGUCGCGGGGGCCUCCGUCGCGGACGAGCCCCGGGACGCGCGGGUGGUGCGGGAGCUCCUGCGCUCGAUGGGUCUCGGCGAGGGCGAGUACGAGCCCCCCGUCGUGCACCAGUUCCUGGACCUGGCCUCCCGAUACGUCGGAGACGUGCUCGGGGACGCCCAGGUCUACGCCGACCACGCCGGGAAGGCUCAGAUCGACGCCGACGACGUGCGCCUCGCCAUCCAGGCCAAGGUCAAUUUCUCCUUCUCCCAGCCGCCGCCGCGCGAGGUUCUCCUUGAGCUGGCCCGGAGCCGGACCAGAAUACCUCUGCCCAAAUCAAUUGCUCCUCCUGGCUCAAUUCCCCUCCCACCUGAGCAGGAUACACUGUUGGCCCAGAACUACCAACUCCUACCUCCGUUGAAGCCGCCACCUCAAUUUGAGGAAACAGAGGAUGAGAAUGAAGAAUCCACAACCCAAGUCUGA